AUGCUAACGCAGGCUGCCUGUGCUGCCCGUGCCUGUGCUGCCCGUGCCUGUGCUGCCCGUGCCUGUUGCUGCCCGUGCCUGUGCUGCCCGUGCCUGUUGCUGCCCGUGCCUGUGCUGCCCGUGCCUGUGCUGCCCGUGCCUGUGCUGCCCGUGCCUGUUGCUGCCCGUGCCUGUGCUGCCCGUGCCUGUGCUGCCCGUGCCUGUGCUGCCUGUGCCUGUUGCUGCCCGUGCCUGUGCUGCCCGUGCCUGUGCUGCCCGUGCCUGUUGCUGCCCGUGCCUGUGCUGCCCGUGCCUGUGCUGCCCGUGCCUGUGCUGCCCGUGCCUGUUGCUGCCCGUGCCUGUGCUGCCCGUGCCUGUGCUGCCCGUGCCUGUGCUGCCCGUGCCUGUGCUGCCCAUGCCUGUUGCUGCCCGUGCCUGUGCUGCCCGUGCCUGUGCUGCCCGUGCCUGUGCUGCCCGUGCCUGUUGCUGCCCGUGCCUGUGCUGCCCGUGCCUGUGCUGCCCGUGCCUGUGCUGCCCGUGCCUGUGCUGCCUGUGCCUGUUGCUGCCCGUGCCUGUGCUGCCCGUGCCUGUGCUGCCCGUGCCUGUUGCUGCCCGUGCAUGUGCCGCCCGUGCCUGUUGCUGCCCGUGCCUGUGCUGCCCGUGCCUGUGCUGCCCGUGCCUGUGCUGCCCGUGCCUGUGCUGCCCGUGCCUGUUGCUGCCCGUGCCUGUGCUGCCCGUGCCUGUGCUGCCCGUGCCUGUGCUGCCCGUGCCUGUGCUGCCUGUGCCUGUUGCUGCCCGUGCCUGUGCUGCCCGUGCCUGUGCUGCCCGUGCCUGUGCUGCCCGUGCCUGUUGCUGCCCGUGCCUCGUGCUCGCGCCCCCGUGCGCUCUGCUACUUGGAGCUAG